AUGAUACUAGCUCCUUCUUUCUCACGUUUCGCCAGCUCCUUUUUUGUCUUGCCGUUUUGUCGUGUUUUUGUUUUUUGCAUUUUCUCGAGUAUAUCCCGUUUGGCAUUACUCUUUACGUCGGUUUGCAGCGGUCGUUACUUGGUUAAUACUCUCCUUUUUUUUCCCCCUUUCCAUUUCCUUUUCUAUAACCUUACUUGCAGUACCUCCUGCUUGUUUAGUUUCCUUUCCCUCUCAUUUCUGUUGCUCCGUCACGUUACGAUUGUUCUGCUGCUUUUUUUAUCCAUUAUUUCAUUAUGAAAUAUUCUUCCAUCACUUCGUGGUACAUAUGUUUGUCACCCCCCGCCGAACUUCCCAUCCCAUCCACCCAUCCCCUGCCGUAUUAUGUUUUGUUAUUCUGUUAUGCUGUUUGUUAUUCUUUGUAUGUUGUGUGCUUUUUUUUUUUUUUUUUUUUCAACGUCAUGUGUUCUGUUUAUUUGUCGAAUCAAUCCAAUCGAUCAAUCGAUCAAUUCGUCGAAUGGG